GUUGCCCUCUGGACGCGGGGUUGCGUUGCGCCGGGACAAGGUCACCCUAAAGCUGGGAGGAGCAGCUGCCUAGGCCCGAGCGCCCGGCAAGGGGGCGGGAUCUCUGCUGUUCAGGGCCCAAUGGGUGUAAAGUUGAGGGUCCAGUUUUGUAUCGUUGUCUAUCUCUGCAGAGAUAGAUUGCUGGAUUAAGUUGUUCUCUCACUCUCUCUGUCUUCUCUCAUUUUUGGUGCUUAAACUAAUCUCUCCGGUGAACUGAUUCACUAGGAAAGAAGUAACCUCCUUUGUGGGUAGGCCCUUCUGUCAGAUGAAACUGCACAUUCAGUCGAUUUUUGCCAGAUAUGAUCCAUGCAGCACCGUGAUGCGGGUGUGCUGGCUCGUGGGGAAGGAGAGAUGCAGUCAGCGAGUGAAACUGCCACACUUGGAAGCUGUGGUCAUUGGGCGUGGCCCAGAGACUGGGAUAACGGAUAGGAAGUGUUCACGGCAGCAAGUUCAGUUAAAAGCAGACUGUAACAAGGGGUAUGUCACAGUUAAGCAGAUAGGAGUCAACCCAACUAGUGUUGAUCUCGUGGAUAUUGGCAAGGAUGAAGAGGUGAAAAUGAAGCCAGGGCAAGUUCUGCAUGUUGUGAACAAACUUUACCCCUACACAGUGCAUUUUGCUGAAGAGUCAGGGAAAACUGUUACAGAUCGGGAAGAGAAAAUACAGACCUGCAAGGAGCCACGUGAAGACUUCUCUGAGGAUGAUGAUGUAGAGUUUGUGCCCAGAAAAACAAUGAAGAUGGAGGUGGUGGAUACCCAGGGCAGUUCUGCAAAUCCCAAGAUAAGCAAUAUCAGUGUGUCUCCACAUGAGGGAACUUCAAGCAAAAAGGAACAUUUAGGACACUGGAGUCAGGGUCUAAAGACCUCCAUGCAAGAUCCAAAAAUGCAGGUUUACAAAGAUGAAAAGACUGUAGUAAUCAAGGAUAAAUAUCCCAAAGCACGUUACCACUGGCUUAUCUUACCAUGGGAUCCCAUUUCAAGCCUGAAGUCAGUCACCAGGGAGCAUCUUGAACUCCUGGAACAUAUGCAUGCAGUUGGGCAAAAAAUGAUCAAACAGUGCCCGGACAGAGAGAGUCUGGAGUUCAGACUGGGUUACCAUGCUAUUCCCAGUAUGAGUCAGCUACAUUUGCAUGUAAUCAGCCAGGAUUUUGAUUCUCCGGCCCUGAAAACCAAGAAGCACUGGAACUCAUUUACUACAGACUACUUCUUAAACUCUCAAGAUGUGAUAGAGAUGGUAAGAAGCAAGGGAAAAGUGAUGGUGAAAGAUCACAUCUCUGAACUUCUGAAACAGCCUCUCAGAUGCCAUUGUUGCAAACAACAGCUAUCCACUAUUCCACAGUUAAAGGAACAUCUCAGGAAACAUUGGACAAAAUGAUUUUGCAAAAUACCAUCUUACAAUCUGUCCUCAGACUUCAGGCUAAAACAAAGAACUCACAAUGUUAAUGAAUGUUUAUCUUUUUUCUUAAAGGGAGUGACAAAUGCAAUAUGGGAAAAAGUGGCCUGGAAACAGCAGCAUACUAACCUUGUAAUGGCUUAGAGAAAAAACCCCUCCAAAACCAUAAAGCAGCUUCUGAAAUUGAA